AUGUCUUGGGAAGUGCUGCCGGUGGAGGUACCAGAAGCAGAUACUGAAAACGUGUCUCUAGAACCACUGCCCACAGAGGUGCCAGGAGUAAAUCCUGAAAAUAUGUCUCUAGAACCGCUGCCCAUGGAGGUGCCAGGAGUAGAGCCUGAAAAUAUAUCUCUCGAAUUGCUGCCUGUGGAGGUGCCAGGAGUAGAUCCUGAAAACAUGUCUAAAGGCUUCCGGUCCCUGGAGGAGCAAGGACUAUAUCCUGAAAACAGGUCUAAGGGAUUCUUGACCAUGGAGGAGCCAGGAGUAUAUCCUGAAAACAUGUCUAAAGGAUUCUUGACCAUGGAGGAGCCAGGAGUAUAUCCUGAAAACAUGUCUAAAGGCUUCCAGCCCCUGGAGGAGCAAGGACUAUAUCCUGAAAACAUGUCUAAGGGAUUCUUGACCAUGGAGGAGCCAGGAGUAUAUCCUGAAAAUAUGUCUAAAGGAUUCCUGCUCACGGAGGAGCCAGGAGUAUAUCCUGCAAAUAUGUCUCAAGAACUGCAGCCCGUGGAGGUGCCAGAAACACUCUAUUACAUUAAUAAAGGGGGGACCAUGAUACCAUCAAGUGCACUAGAGGGUGGAAACUCAGGCCUCGGUUCCUUGGGAGAUGCUGAAUGGCAAAAAAGGAAAGACGACAGUACUGGGCCAGACCAAGGUGAUUUCAAGAUAGAAUCCUCUCCUUGCUACCUGUUGACCGUAAGGAUCAUCCGGAUGAGAAAUCUCCAGAGAGUGGAUGCCUUAAGCCAGGCUGAUUGCUAUGUGUCCUUGUGGCUGCCGACUGCGACGUGUGAACGGUCACGCACUAAAACUGUGAGAAACUCUGACAAUCCGGUGUGGAACGAAACCUUCUACUUCAGAAUCCAGAGUCAGGUCAAGAAUGUGCUGGAGCUCACGGUGUAUGAUGAAGAUUUUGCUACUCCAGAUGACCAUCUCCUCUGUGCUCUCUUUGAUACUGCUAAACUUCCACUUGAAAGAACAGUGAUCCUGUACUUCAAGCCUAGCGCAAAUGCCCAGGAGGAAUUAGAGGUUGAAUUCAAAUUGGAGGUCGCACCUGGUCCUCAUGAAACGAUUGCUAGCAAUGGAGUGCUGGUGUGUCGUGAACUUUGCUGCUUGGAAGUUGAAGUGGCAGAGAAGACGAAGCAAAAAUCAAAGAAAGAACUUUCCCUCACUGUGAAGGGCUCCUUUGAGGGGACGCAGGAUAUCGUGCUGGGCCCCAACGGAGCCGUCAGCCCAGCGUGUCCCACCGAGUUCCACUACAUCAAGUACGCGGAGCCAACGCUGGAUGUCAUGCUGCCAAAGAAGAGGCGCUACCACCCUUGGUCCUGUAGAUACAGCACAGAGACGGGCUCCCCAGUCGUGAUGCUGAACUCGCUGCCCAUGGGAAGGAAGACGACCAUUGCAGAGGAGAAAAGAUUUGACUUGAAUGUGACAGCAAAAGCUUGUAAUUGUUCAUGCCACCAAGACCUGGACAUGCGCUUUGGCUUUAACCUAUGUUCUGAAGAGAUGACUUUCCUGGGGAAAAGGAAGAGAUAUGUAGCAAGUGCUCUCAAAAAUGUUUUUCACCUACCACAUGAUCUGCAGGAUCAAGAAGUCCCAGUCGUGGCUAUCAUCACGACAGGCGGAGGACUGAAGUCAAUGACAGGGUUGUAUGGCAGCCUCAUGGGACUCAAGAAGUUAAAUCUCCUGGACUGUAUAACAUACAUCAGCGGGCUGUCCGGCACCACGUGGACCAUGGCCAACUUAUACAGAGAUGCCUACUGGUCACAGAAGGACCUGGACUCACAUAUUGGUGAAGCCCAAAAACAAGCAACAAAAUGCAAGAUGGGCUGUUUCUCUAUGGAUCGCAUGAAGUACUACAACAAACAGCUUUGCCAGCGGAAAGAAGAGGGAUACAGGACAUCAUUUAUAGAUCUUUGGGGUCUCAUGAUUGAGUACUUACUAAAUGAUGGGAAAGACCCCCACAAGCUUUCAGAUCAGCAAGAAGCACUGUGUGAUGGCCAGAAUCCAUUGCCCAUCUAUGUGUCAGUCUGUGUCCGGGACAGUUACAGCACCAAUGAUUUCAAAGAGUGGGUGGAGUUCACUCCCUACGAGGUGGGACUGCUGAAGUACGGCGCGUUUGUUCGCACGGAGCAUUUCGGAAGCGAGUUCUUCAUGGGCCGCAUGUUAAAAAAGCUCCCUGAAUCCCGCAUCUGCUACCUUCAAGGUAUGUGGAGCAGUAUAUUUUCUGUGAACCUUUUACAAAUAUGGGGACUGUCCCACAGUUCAGAGGACUUCUGGAAGAGAUGGACACAAGACAGAAUAGAUGAAGUCGAUGAAGACCCGGUGUUGCCCACAAGACCCCACGAGCUGAGGACUCGCAUGUACACCCCCCCUGGCCCCCUGUCCAGCGCCCUUCGGGGAGCACUGACCGACCGCUUCUCCGUUGCCCAGCACCACAAUUUCCUGAAGGGCUACCAGCUGCAUAACAACUACAUGGAGAACGAGCACUUCUGUCGGUGGAAAGACACUGUGUUAGACUCACGUCCCAACCAGCUGAUGCAAAAUCCUGAUCAGUUGGGCAUGAUAGAUGCUGGAUUUUUCAUCAAUACCAGCAGUGCACCACUUUUAAGGCCACAGAGGGAAGUGGAUGUCAUCAUCUAUCUAAGUUAUACUACUGGAUCACAUUCAUCGUCUCUAGAUAAGGCAUGUAAAUACUACUCAGAGCAGAAAAUCCCAUUCCCAACAAUUUCUUUGACUGAUGAAGAUAAGAAAAAUCUGAAGGAGUGCUACAUCUUCCAAGAUUCAGAUUUGCCGGGAUGUCCGAUUGUGAUUUUUCUUCCCCUCGUGAAUGAUACCUUCCAAGAGUACAAAGCACCUGGUGUCAAGCGCUGUUGCUCAGAGAUGGAGGAGGGCCAGCUUGAUUUGACCAGCUCCUGUUCCCCCUACUGCAUGUUCUCGGUCAGAUACACCGAUGAGAACUACCGCAAGCUGCUGAAUCUCAGCGAGUACAACAUCCUCAACAACUCUCAGAUGAUUAUGCAGGCCUUGCAGACAGCGAUGCAAAGGAGAAGGCAGAAAAUGUGCUGAUUAGUAUAUAUUUCUGUGGGCUUUGACGUCUUGCUAGUUGAAAGCUCAGUGCUCAGUUGCUCACCUGCACCUGGGACAUUUGAACCAUUGGUGUCUGUGGAAGCUGGGAGAUGUGAGAUUGCAUUGCCACAGAUAACACUGGACGUGUGUGUGAACGCGACCACAAUGGACCAGGAUGGCAUUUUGUCUCAGGAGCCGAUCACUCAAACCUCUCAACAAGGAGACAGAACUAUGCAGCUGAAUCCUGAUGGGAAACAGUGGACUUCUCUUACAAAGAUAGAAUCCUCCCUGUGUUACUUACUGACUGUAAGAGUCAUAAGAGCAAGAAAUAUCCACCAGGCAGAUGUCUUGAGCCAAACUGAUUGCUAUGUGAGCCUGUGGCUGCCAACUGCUUCAAAUGACAAAUUUCAGACUAAAGCCAUCAAGAAUUGCAAAGAUCCAGUCUGGAAUGAAACCUUCUACUUCAGGAUCCAGAGUCAGGUCAAGAAUGUGCUGGAGCUGGCACUCUACGAUAAGGACGUGGUUACUCAGGAUGACCACCUCUUCACAGUGUACUUUGACAUAGCCAAACUCUCCCUGGGAGAGGAAGUCUUCAUGCACUUCAAGUGUGAUUCACAGAGACAAGAGGAGUUGGAGGUGGGAUUUGCCUUGGAUAAUAUUUCAGGCCCUCCUGAAACCAUCAUUACUAAUGGAGUGCUAGUGUCUCGCAAAAUCUGCUGCUUAGAAGUUCAGGUGGUUGAGAAGAAAAAGAAGAAAAAAGAGAAGAAAUCAAAAAAAGAAUUCUCCUUUAAAGUGCAAGGCUCUUAUGAAGGCACCCAGGACAUUGUGCUGGGAUCUAAUCUGGUCUUCAGCUCUUCUUCUCCUGCCAAAUUCCACUAUGCCAGAUACAAGCAGCCAAUGCUGGAUGUUACACUACCAGGGAAGAAACUGCAUCCCUCCUCAAAUUCACAUGUUUGUGAUACAGGCUUUCCAAAUGUGGAACUUCAUUCCAUUCCAAGUGGAAAAAACAUGAUCUUAGCAGAGGAUAAAAGAUUCGAUUUAUAUGCAAAGGCAGAAGACUGCCCAGACCACCUUGAUGUGCGUUUAGGAUUUGACCUCUGCAUACAGGAGCAAGACUUUCUCUGCAAAAGGAAGAAUUACGUUAUUCCUGCUCUGAAGAAGGUUCUGCAGCUGGAACAGGAUCUGCUGGACCAUGAGACCCCGGUGGUGGCCAUCAUGACCACGGGAGGAGGGAUGAGAUCCUUGACUGCACUGUAUGGCAGCCUGAGGGGGCUCAAGAAGCUCAAUGUCUUGGACUGUGCCACCUACCUGACUGGCUUGUCUGGUACUACAUGGACCAUGUCAAACUUGUACAGAGAUGCUGACUGGUCACGAAAGGAUCUCGACAAGCAAAUCAGUGAGGCUCGAAAACAUAUGACAAAAUGCAAAAUAAAUUCAUUUUCCUUGGAAUAUUUGAAGUAUUACAAAAAGCAGCUGGGCCAGCGGAAAAGAGAGGGCCGCAAAACAUCUUUUAUAGAUCUCUGGGGGCUUGUCCUGGAAUCUUUUUUGCAUGAUGGGAAAGACAACCACAGACUCUCUGAUCAGCAACGGGCCAUUGAUCAUGGUCAGAACCCACUUCCUAUCUACACUGCAGUCAAUGUCAAGAACAACUACAGCACUUUGGAUUUCAAAGAAUGGGUGGAGUUCACCCCAUAUGAGGUGGGAUUGCAAAAAUAUGGAGUUUUUGUUCGCAGUGAGGAUUUUGGCAGUGAGUUCUUCAUGGGACGAUUGAUGAAGAAGGUUCCUGAAUCCAGGAUCUGCUUCUUGGAAGGCAUGUGGAGUAGUUUAUUUUCAUUCAAUGUGUUAUAUAUCUGGAAUUUGUCCCAUUCAUCAGAAGAUUUCUGGCAUAGGUGGACCCGGGACCAUAUUGACAAUAUAGAGGAGGAGCCCGCGCUGCCCGUGAGGCCGCAGGAGCUGCGGACGCGGCUGUUCACGCCGCCCGGGCCCCUCGGCAGCGCCCUGCGCGCCGCCCUCACCGACCGCGUCUGCAUCGCCCAGGAGCACAACUUCCUCAAGGGCCUCCAGGUGCACAACGACUACCUGGAGAACACGCACUUCUGCAGGUGGAAAGAUACUGUGUUAGACACAUUUCCUAACCAGUUGACACAAUCAGAUGAAUUCCUGUCUCUGGUAGAUACUGGAUUUUUUAUCAAUACAAGCAUCAUGCCACUUUUAAAACCAGAGAGAAAGGUGGAUGUCAUCCUGCAUUUAAAUUACAGUGCAGGAUCUCAGAUACAGGCUUUGGACCAGACCUGCAAGUACUGCUCUGAGCAGGGAAUCGUUUUUCCCAGGGUGGACUUGAGUGAAGAAGACAGGAAAAAGCUGAAGGAGUGUUACCUCUUUGAUGGUGCUGAGACUCCAGGAGCACCAGUACUGCUAUUUUUCCCACUAGUUAAUGAUACCUUUCAAAAAUACAAAGCACCAGGUCAGAAGCGCUCAGAAGCAGAGAUGGAAGAUGGCAAAGUUGAUCUCUACGGCUGCUGUUCCCCAUAUUCAACAUAUUCCCUUCAGUACACUGAGAAGGCGUAUGACUGCCUGGUUCAGCUGAGUGAAUACAACAUCCUCAAUAAUGAAGACCUCAUUAAACAGGCCUUGCGCACAGCAGUGGCACGGAAAAGGCAGAUGAAGAAAUAAUGUCAGACAAGAGAGGGUGCUUUUAAGUCCCUUGACCUGCUGAGAGUCUGAAGGUCUCUUACAAUUAGCCAGCAGGCUUCAAAGCAUUCCUGUUCAAUCCCACUAAAUGGUAAUCUCAGGUGAACAAAAAAGACUGAAGAAAAACUUUUUCUCCGAAGAAUUUCACUGCAGAAAUCAUUGCAAUUCAGUUACAACCAUCUUUGUAUGGUACAGAGGAUGGGCAGCCACAAAGAAGAAGGUGCUAAAAUGAUAAUAAAUAUGGUGCUUGUUGCCCUGAGAAAGAGCUUUAAAUGUUUAAGCCUGACAUCUUCAAGGCAGACCAUAUUAAAAGCAUAUUUUAUUAA